AUGUCGGGCACGGCCAUUACCCCUCGCCGCAGGGCGUCGCUCGUCGCCUCUCCCACUCCCACUCCUUCAUCCAUCCCCCGCCCCCAAUCCGCAUCCGGUCGCUACAAGAUGGGCAUGCCCAUGCAAAGUCUAGCCGACUCCAUGGCCUCCUCAACCCCUUCGUCUGCAGACGACGCCGAGAAGGGCCAGGUUCGCGUCGUCCUCCGUAUUCGCCCCUCGGAACCAGCAGACACCUCCAUCGCACCCCGUCACCGCCAGGUGCUCGUUCAUCCCAUCUCGCAAAAUGAGGUCCGCGUUAGCGUCGACCCAGCCGUUCUUGCCGGCACCAACACAAUCGUGUCAACCACCAAGCGUCACCCCACUUUCACAUUUGACCGUGUCAUGGGCGAGCAGGCUUCCCAAAUUGACAUGUACGAGGUCGUGUCCAAGGACCGCAUUGAAGAGUUCCUUCGCGGCUUCAAUGUGACAUAUUUGGCCCAACCCCCCUCUCCCGCCCCUUCUUCCCAGCUCUCCAACAAGAUCACACUGACACCUUUUAGUUAUGGCCAAACUAGCUCGGGCAAGUCAUACUCGAUGGGCACGACAGGCGAGGAUGCCGACUACUUGGACUUUGGAGACGACUCCAGAGCCGGUCUCAUUCCCCGCACCGUCGAGACAGUCUUCCGUCGUGCAGAGGAAAUCCGCUUGGCCUCCGGUGCAGGUGCCUCGUGGGAAUGCCGGGUAUCCUUCCUCGAGCUCUAUAACGAGGACAUGAUUGAUCUCCUGGCGAACACUGGAAUGCCAGUGUCCAUUCGCGAAAACGCCGACGGGCGCAUCGUGUGGUCGGGCGUGCGCGAGAUCAAGGUCUCCAACGUCUCCGAGGUCAUGACCCUCCUUCGCGAGGGCUCGACGCGUCGACGCACCGGCGAGACCAACAUGAACGCCACAUCGUCUCGAUCCCACGCCAUCUUCUCCCUCACCCUGAUCCAGUCGCGUCGCGUUGACAGCUCGCCAGGUAGUGAGGAUGGGCCUCGAACGCCCAAUGGCCGCCGGCCCCAGUCUGUCAUGUUGGGCCCGGGGUCGCGUUCUUCGACUCCGGUCUUCUCUCGCGUUCCCCCAUCCAGCUUUGGCAAGCUCGCUGGCCGCCCCAACAGCGUGCAUGUGGGCGCGAUGGGCCGCGGUUCCGAUGACGAGACGGUCAUUCUGACCAGCAAGUUCAACAUGGUUGACUUGGCGGGCUCGGAGCGUCUCAAGCGCACUGCCGCGCAAGGUGAACGUAUGAAGGAGGGUAUCUCCAUCAACAGCGGUCUCCUUGCCCUGGGCAAUGUCAUUUCCGCGCUCUCUGAACCCGCCAAGAACCGUGGUCAUAUCCCGUAUCGCGACUCGAAGCUCACUCGCCUGCUCCAAGACUCCAUUGGGGGCAAUGCAAUGACCACGAUGAUUGCCUGCAUUUCACCGCUCGAGUAUAAUAUCAGCGAGACGCUCAACACCAUCAACUAUGCCUCACGAGCGAGGAGGAUCAAGAACUCGGUCCAGAAGAACCAGGCUGAGGUGGGGUGGGACGACAUUGACCACCUGCGCAACACUGUCACAAAAUUGCGUUCAAAACUUGCGACGAUAGAAGCCGAGGGUCCGCGUGAAACGCGGGGCCGCGGUGCCGAUGGUUCCAACAACGAGGAGGCAUUGCUCCGCCAAGUCGUCGAACUCCAAGAGAAGCUCACUGACCUGGAAGAUGAAUUUAGCCAUCUCCAGGACCAAUACUUCCAUAAAUGCCGUGAGAUUGUCGCCCUGAGCGACCCCGACCAGUUCGAAGAUGAGGACGACAAGCUUAGGAAGUUCAACGAGACCAUUGAGCCCGUUGUUCUGGAGUACGAGAAAGUUGUCGCUUCCUUGACAUCGCAACUGGCCGAGGAACGUGCUUCGUCCGCGCUGGCCCACCAGGCCCGUGAGGAGCAGGCCAGCGAUCUCGCAAAAACGCAGGAGCGCCUUAGCGAGCACGAGGCCUAUGUGACCGAGCUCAAGGGUCGCAUCGCGAAGCUCACCGAGCGCAACGACUCGUCCGAAGCCUACAUUCGCGACCUUGAGACCAAGUUCCGUGGUUUCACCGAUAACGAUGACCGCCAAACUGAGGUGAUUACCGGCCUCACCUCCGAGAUUCAGCAGCUCAAGACCGACUCGGUCAAGAGCAACACGUACAUCUCGCAGCUCGAAACCCGCAUUGCCUCCGCCGAGGCGCGUAGCGCGGAGCAGCGCGAGAAGGCGAUCAGCGAGCUCGAGGAGCGCCUUUCACUGGUCAACGGCCAACACAACGUUGACAUGCUGCUGGAGGAGAUCGAGUCACGCGACCGGCGCAUCGAGUCUCUACAGGCCCGUCUCCAGGAGCACUCGGAGCCCACUCCAGUGAGCAGCAGCCGCGACCUUGCCACCAUUGCCGAGAAGGGGCCAUCGACUCCUCCCGAGACACCACCUGUCUUGAGAACGAUCGCCGAGGACUCCGAGUCCGAGGUCGACAUGCUCCGCAAGGACAAUGAAGUCCUUAUCGCUCGCCUGCAGGAAGCUGAGGCUCGUCUGGAGCAGAUGCAGCACGCCCCUGCAACUCCGACGCUCGAGCCCCCUACUGAGCAGGAUGAGGAACUAGAGGACGAGGACAGCACCCGAGGCCCUGAUUCACCCAACAAACGUGGCAGCACAGGCAACGAGUCGAGCGAGUCGGAUACGACUCUCCAGACACCGAAGCUCACCAGCCGGGCUGUCUCGCCGCAGAUCCAGGACGACCCUCUGCACCAGGCCAUGAUGCGCUCUCCUUAUGCCCAGUCUCGUUCUGGCGAUUUCCGCAACUCGGCACGGUCUGAGCCGCUCCGCCUGCUCCGUCCCCUUUCGCUUUCGCAGGGCCUCUCCGGGUACGCGUACGGCUCGUCUUCGCCUCGCUACUCGUGGAGCGCGUCUCCGUCCAAUGGCAAUGGCAUGACGUACGAGCGCUCGCCUAAGGCCGAGCGCUUCCCCAAGCGUCAGUCGAUGCCGUUUGACUCGAUGAAGCCCCUCCGCUCCGUCCAGUCGCUGGAGAUCGACCUCUCCCUUCUCCAGAAGACCGUAGCCGACCGUGAGGCUCAGUUGCGGCAACGCGAGGCCGAGAUCCAGUACCUCAAGCGGUCCCUCGAGAAAAGCUCUGCCUUCACCAACGGUUCGCCUCUGAACACUGACGAGGUUAUCGAGCGCUUGCGGGAAGACCACUCGAACGAGAUCCAGAAGAUGUUCAAGGAGCACAAGCUUGCCAUGGAGGACCUCGAGCAGACGCACAAGCAGACCUUCAAGUCUGUCUCGGAAGAGCUCAGCAAGACCAAGGACCAGCACGCCCGCGAGCUCGAGGAGCUGCACAACUCCCACAAGUCGAAGAUGGAGGAAUUCGAGAAGCGCCAGAAGACAGAGUCUGGCGAGGUCACCGAGCUGCGCACUGCUCUCGAUGCCGCUUGGGAGGAGGUCGCUGCCACAGGUCGCCGUCACGAGACUGAACGCAACACUCUCACUUCAGAGCAUCACCGUAAGGUGGCUGAGCUGGAGGAGAGGCACGCAGCCGUUCUCGCUGCUCUGCAGGGCGAGCUCGCGGCGACCGCCAACUCGCUCAAGUCGGUGCGAGAGGAGCUCGCGGCCGCCACUGAGGCCAAGGAGCGUGCCGAGCAGGACCUUGCCAACCGUCCUGACGUCAAGGACCUGAUACCCUUCGAGGAGCACAACAUUGUCGUCCAGGCCAUGGAGGAGAUGGAGAAGGCCCUCACCGCCGCUGAGGACGAGAAGAGGCAACUCAAGAUCAACGCCGACCAGGUCAAGUUCGAGCUCUCCAAGAUACGUGACGAGCACGAGAUGCAGCGCUCGGGUGACCUCAACCGCCUCGCCGAGCUUGAGAAGCGUUGCUCGACCCUCUCUGCCGACAACGCUUCGCUCCAGCAGCAAGUUGAGCGCAACCGUGAUUCGAAGACUUCGAUCAUCGACCGCAGCUCGCGCACCAAGCUGCCGCCCAUCGGUCCUCCCCCGACCGCCCCCUUGCCACCACUGCCUGCGGGCCGCGAGGCGAUCAUGUCGCCUACGCUCACCAACUCGUCUCUUCCGCGUAUGUCGCACCACGAGGGGUCAAUCGAGAGCGCACGGUCAUCACGGUACGACCAUGACUCGCACGACGGGCACCACCCUAGAUCUGCGUCUCACGCGUCUGUGGUGCGCCCAGACAGCAUGGUCACCAACGCCGAGGUCGAGCGCGACCGGGCGUACGCCGAGCGCGAGGAGGCACUUCGCCAGAUCUCCGAGACCGAGGAAAGACUCUUGGAGCUCAAGUCGCAGCUCGAGACAGAGCAGCGCAACAACGAGGCGUUCACAAAGGACCUCAUUGAGCUGCGCAAGACCAACUCGAAGCUCAAGGUGCGCGUCGACGAUGUCAACCGCGAGUUGGCCGAGCUCAAGCGCGAGCGCGACAGCUUGCGCCGCGACGUGGUCGAGAUGAAAAACGAGCUUGCCGACGCACAAUACGAGCGGAUAGCCGACCGCCAGCGUCUCGAGGGUGCGCGCAACGAGGUGCUGCAGUACAAGGCGCAGCUCGAGCGUGCCGUCGACCGCAAGGUCAACAAGCGGUCAGACCAGAAGCUCAAGGCAAGUUCAUUCCUCAAUGUCCGCUAA